UUCUCUUGCUUGCUUCCCAAUUUCAAGAGCUCUCACUCUCUCUCUCUCUCUUAAUUUGCUUAAUUGGAUCCUCUUCUCAAUUGCAACUUAAUAAAUCUAAUUCAUCUCUGAUAUAUCCAUUCUCUUUCUUCGAUAUAUUAUCAAGCACUAGCUUCUUUCUCUUGAUCUUUGAUAUAUUAUCAAGCACUCAGAUGGGAUGCAUCAUUUCUCUCCCGCAGAUGUGGUUCAGAUCGUUAUUUUCUACUUCGUCGUCUUCUGCUGCUGAUUCUGCAGCUGGUGACGCUGACAAUGUUGAUAUCCCCCCUCAUCAGGAAAAGUAUGAUGUGUUCAUCAGUUUCAGAGGUGAGGACACCCGCCGUGGCAUCACCAGCCAUCUUCACCACGCCUUAGAACAGAAGAAAAUUGUAACCUACAUAGAUGACAGACUUCAGAGAGGAGAAGCAAUCGGACCUGCCCUUGAAGAAGCAAUCAAGAAAUCUAAGCUUUCAGUGAUCAUUUUCUCAAAAAACUACGGUUCUUCCUCAUGGUGUUUGGAAGAACUUGUGCACAUACUCAAAUGCAAGGAAAAUGGCCAGAUGGUUAUACCCGUAUUCUACGACAUCGAUCCAUCACAUGUCCGAAAACAACAGGGGAGCUAUGCGGUUGCAUUUGCUAGACAUGAAAAACGUUGCAAGGACAGUAUCGACAAGGUGCAUAAGUGGAGGGAUGCUUUGACGACUGCGGCCAAUCUAUCUGGGUUUCAUUACUCAAACAAUUCCGGGUCGGAGGCAGAUCUAAUUAAGAAAGUUGUUGAUGAGAUUUGGACCAAAUUGGUUUGUGAAUCAUCAAGCAAUUUGGAGGGCCUGGUUGGAAUCGAAAGCCAUGUCAAGCAAAUAGAAUCACUGUUAGACAUUGAUUCACAGGACGCUUGCAUCACUAUAGGAAUUUGGGGGAUGGGUGGUAUUGGCAAGACCACCCUUUCUGAAACUGUAUUUGACAAACUCUCUUCUAAAUUCACAGCCAGUUGUUUUCUUAGAAAUGUUAGGAUGAACUCAGAACAAACAAAUGGACUAGAUCACUUGGAAGAAAAACUUUUUAAAGAGAUAUUAGACGAAAAAGAUCUAUGCAUAAGAUCAACUUUUGUUCGAGAAAGGCUGAGUCGUACAAAGGUCCUCAUUGUUCUUGAUGAUGUGAGUGAUUCAAACCAAAUGGAACGUCUAGCUGGCAUUCGUCAUCGGUAUGGCAUUGGAAGUCGAAUCAUUAUCACAAGUAGAGAUAAGAGGACGCUUAGGGAGACUGUUAAAGAGGAUAAGAUCUACGAGGUUGAGGGAUUAAAACAGGAUGACGCUCUAAAACUCUUCUAUUCCCGUGCUUUCAAGAAUAACAGUACUUCUAGAACAGAUUAUAAGGAAUUGGCAGAAAAGGCAGUUGAUUAUGCUGGAGGCCUUCCUUUAGCUCUCGUACAUCUGGGGUCCUCAUUCCUAAAUUGCAAGAACAAAGAAGAAUGGGAAGAUGAAUUGAACAAAUUGGAAGAACUUCCCAAUGAAAAAAUCCAUAAUGUGUUGCGACUGAGUUACGAUGGAUUGGAAAGAAAUGAGAAGGAGAUAUUCCUAGAUAUAGCAUGUUUUCAUAAAGGGAAGGAUGUGGUUGAGGUAAAACGAAUGUUAGAUAUUCGUGGAUUCUUUGCAGCAAGCGGAAUUAGAAUUCUCAUUGAUACGUCUCUCAUAUCAAUUGAUUCAAGAUGGAAUGCCAUAGAGGUGCAUGAUUUGCUACAAGAAAUGGGAAGCACAGUUGUUCUCGAACAAUGUAUUGAAGAUCCCAGUAAACGGAAUAGGUUGUUCAAGGAUGAGGAUGUCAAUUGUAUACUGAAAAAUAACUCGGGAACUCCAAUUGUUCAAGCCGUAUUAAUGAACUGGUAUAAGAUUGAAGGGCAAACAUUGAAACGUGCAGACUUCAGAGUGAUGUCUAAACUAAUGAUGCUAAUUGUGGUUAACUCUCUUGAUCGGGUUAACUCUCUAGAUCCUCCCGAUUCUCUUCAAUAUCUUUUGAGAUGUUUGCAGUCAAGUUUUUCUUAUGAAAAUCUAGUUGAGCUUCCUAUACCCGAAGGCCAAGUUAAUAAGAUAUGGAAUGAAGACCUGUUUGGCAGUUACUCUCUAGAUCUUCCCAAUUCUCUUCGUUAUCUUAACUGGAGUGGAUAUCCUUUGAAAUCAUUGCCGUCAAAAUUUUCUCCUGAAAAUCUAGUUGAGCUUCAUAUGCCCGAAAGCCAAGUUAAUAAGCUAUGGAAUGAAGACCAGAGACUUGUGAAAUUAAAAGUGAUUGAUCUGAAGGGCUCUAAAUAUCUAACGGAAGUUCCAAAUCUCUCUUGGAGUCCAAAAAUUGUGCACGUAAAUCUUGAUGGCUGUGAACGCUUGGUUGAAAUUCCUGGGGAUUUUCAACAUCUUCAUAAGCUUACUGAUCUUAAUCUUCAUGGCUGCAAGUGUCUCAAGCAUCUUCCAGAUAUGCCAGAAAAUAUUGCAUUCUUAGAUUUAUAUGGCAGUGGUAUACAAGAGUUGCCUGAAUCAGUUUGGUCUAACAAAAACAUUUCUUACUUGAAUAUAAGUCAUUGUGAAGACCUUAAGAAACUUCCAAGCAACAGGUGUAAGCUGAAAGUCUCUGGUUGUUUUGAUCUAGGGUACUGCAAAUCUCUUAGCGAGUUUUCUGAGCUUCCCAGGGAUAUAAGUCAAUUAUCGUUGGUUGGUUGCAAGAGACUUGUGAGUCUCCCAACCGACAUUUGUAAGUUGAAAUAUCUCAAGGAACUCAAGCUCUCUUUGUGCCCUAACCUUGAAAACUUCCCAAAGAUCUUGGAGCCAAUGGAACAUUUGGAAUCACUUUGUUUAAGUGGAACACAAGUUCAAGAGCUACACUCAUCAAUCGAGUUUCUCCCUGCUCUCAAAACAAUUGAACUACUAGGUUGCAAAAGGCUUUCAAGUAUCCCAGAGAGCAUUUGUAAGUUGAAAUCUCUUAACAUACUUAAUCUCGGAGGUUGCUCUGCAUUUUACGAAUUCCCUCAAAUCUUGGAGCCAAUGGAACAUCUGAACUUUCUUAGUUUGAAAGGGACAGCGCUUGAAAAGCUUCCUUCGUCUAUUGGGAAACUAAUUGGGCUUCAAACAUUAGAUCUUGAUGAGUGCAAGAACCUUAAUGUUGUCCCAAGAAGUAUCUACAGUUUAACCAACCUUGCAACUCUCAAAUUUCGUGACUGUUGGGGACUCAAAGAGUUGCCAUCCGGUUCUGUUGGUUUGCUCUCUUUGAAAGUUCUAGACCUCUUUCACACCCGCAUAUCAGAAAUCCCUGACGGUGUCGUUGGCUCAACCUCAUUGCAAGAUUUAGAUCUGACUGGAACCAUGAUUAGGAGCAUACCUGCAAGCAUCAAACAAGCUUCUCAGUUGCAUACACUAAGCUUAAUCGGGUGCAAGCAGCUUCAAUCAUUACCAGAGCUCCCAGUGCUAUGUAAUCUUAAAGCUCAAGGCUGCACGUCGCUGAAGACAGUGUCAAGUUCAAGGGCUGCACUCACACAAGGUUGGGAUAAAUACGUCGCUUUUGGGAAACUUGAUUUUUUUGAUUGCCCGAAAUUGGAUCAUAAUGCAAGGAGCAACAUAAUGGAUGACGGACAGCUUAGAGUUAUGCGAGUGGCAACUGAGCCAUUAGAGGAACCUUAUGGUCAUGAUGACCUUCAUGCUAGCAUUGUAUGUCCGGGAAAAGAAAUUCCAAAUUGGUUCAGCUGCAGCUAUCAAAGUGAGGGACCUUUAGUUCAUAUCAAGCUUCCUCCAGAUUGGUUUCGAACAGGUUUGUUGGGUUUUGCUCUCUCUGCUGUUGUUUCUUGUGUUUCCAACUGCCAGAGUGAGUUGACACUAAUAGCUGAUUUCAAUGUCAAAUUCCUGGGUGAAAGCCAUGAACUGUUCUCUUCUUUAUUAUUUAUCCCACAAGCCAGCGAAUCAAGCUUUAGGGAAUCGAAUGACUACUGUUACUACCCGGAUCACAUGUAUGUGUGGACUAAGCGCUUUCAAAGUGAAGAGGUAGCAAAAAAAUGCUCCCUUGAUGUUUACAAACUUGCCAAUGAGGCCUCUGUUGAAUUCGACAUGGAGGGUGCGAAGGUGUUAAAGUGUGGUAUAUGCCCGUUGUAUGCUUAAGAUGCUGAGAAAUUCAAUUUGAUCACGUCUUGGUGUCAGGGGAACCAAAAAUACAAGAAACAAAGACAAGAUGAAGAAUCCGAAGCCAGUGAUUCAAGUGAUGAUGAGUCAGAAGGCAGUGAAUCAAGCUUGUGUCUCAACUAAAAGGGAUUAUUCGUUUAAUGGUUGUAUAUACUCUUUAUUUUCGCCCGGUGUUAUUUGAAUGGGUGGGUGGCGGAUCAAAUCGGUUGAAAUUUGGCUUUCAUUUCAUUCCAUUUCCUCCUUUAAUUUCAUUUGUUUACAAACCAUUACGGCAUUACCGUUGUAUUAUUUUUAGGGAACUUUAACGAAAAGCCCUUGAUCAA